AUGAACGUGAGCGCGUUACGGCGACAGCCCAAGGCGAACGCCACAGUUAUAGAGAAGGUCGGGACGGAGAAGGAUGCAAACUUCCUUGCAUUCCGGUUGUUGAACAAGCGGGCGCGUGUAAGGAUCUCACCCGAGGCGCAUAACCUCCAACCGUUCCCAAGCAAGACCCAUCUCCUUGUAGUUGCAAACUCGAAGGGAUGGUUUGCUGCUGUAGUCCGAGCAGCGGGUGGCCAGAUCCACCUCAUCUUUUCCCCCUUGUCAGACUUACGCGCCGCCUUUGCGUCUACGAGUCAUAGUGAAGAGAAUGAAAUCAUUUUUACGUCCAAGCGUACUCUGCCUCUGGGCAGCGCGACUCUCGACUUCCUCGUUCUUGCCGCCAAUGACAACAGACUACUGGUCUCUAUCCUUGGAGGGCCUAUCCUAGUCUACGACACGGCACGGCUGUUCACCGAAGGGUCUGACCCGGUAGAUCCCCUGCAUCAGUUCGCCCCGACAGUCGCUACUCCAGUCAGACAGAUUGUUGCGAACCCUGGAGACAACCCUGAGCUCGUCGCUGUUCUGAGACAACCGGAUGGGAAGCCCGAGAGCCAAUUGGUUGACAUGUUCGACGUACUGCAGCUCCAGAGUGUGGGCGGUUGGAAGUGGGGUUCCACGCCGGAGACUACUCCUACAGCUUUGGCUUGGUCGCCCAAAGGAAAACAACUAGCCAUAGGAUUGGAAAAUGGUGAUAUAUGCUCGUUCAGUCCUUCAGCAACUGCGUUAGUCAAGACCAGGAUACCGAAGCCCCCAGCCGCUCAGAACCCGAGCGUAUUGAGCGCGACGUGGCUCAGUAAUCCUACUUUCAAUGCAGUGUACGCUCCUGCUGGCGCUCGUCUUCCUCCAGACGCCCCACAGAGCCAUCUGAUCGUAUCAAUGGACUCCAAGACCAACACCGUUACGACCUUCGAGUUGAACAACCCUUACUAUCCUUUCCCGGGAAAUCGGCCGCCUGGCCCAUACACUCUCGUCCUGAGGAACUGGGACCCCACGAAGUUCCUGCUCAUCAUGGGCGACGGCUCGUCAUCUGAUAUAGGUGUGAUAGCCUGUAUGCCGGACGAAGCCAAUGCAGCGCAAGAGGCCUGGUACAACUUGUCCCUGGACGAAAAUGCUACUCCAAGUAUGCCUCUGGACAAGGACAUGGAAGAUACUACUCUCGUCGGUCUGGAUCUGGAUCUGACGAACACCGAUUCCUUCCGCAGCACCAAAGCUUCGGGGGAGGCCUUCGAGGUAGCACCUCCGCCAAUCAUGUUGGCUUAUGCCAACGAUGGCACGAUUCAAGCGUGGUUUAUAGUCAACUCUGAGGGCCUCGCCUACCCUGGAAUGGUCAACGCAAGUACUGCCGGGGCUGCAGCUCCGAGCGUCUCGGCGCCGGCCUUGCAGACCAGAGACAUAUCCAUGAGUUCGGGGACGCAGCCAAACACCCCUGUGGCUGCUUUUGGCCAGGGUACGCAAGCGCAAUCAGCUUUCGGACAGACCUCCGCUCCUCCAGCACAGCCGGCGUUUGGACAGACAUCCACUCCUGCAUCACAGUCAGCGUUCGGUCAGACAUCAACUCCUGUAUCGCAGCCGGCGUUCGGGCAGACAUCUGCCUUUGGACAGUCAAACAAACCAUCGACUACCUCAGCCUUUGGAGGCUCCGCUUUCGGAUCCGGCUCGACUUUUGGUUCAGGGCCCUCGACAGCUUCGAAUGCGGGUCAAGCAACGUUCGGACAAACAGGAUUUGGCUUCGGUGCAAACCAAUCAGCGGCCCCGGCUGCCCCUCCCCUCACGUCGACACCGUCCAUGUCAAUGUCUGAGCCUGGCGAUGCCUUGGGUGGGCUCUCGCUAGGCGGUCCGACCAAUGAAAAGCCGGAAACAAAGUCGUCAUCUGUAUUCGGUUCUAGCGCCCCGUCGAGUGUUUUCGGUCAGCCCUCUACGCCCAACCAAUCGAGUGCUGCACCUUCUGCGUUCUCACCAGGUAACAAUGCAUUCAGUUCCCUGAAGCCCGCAACUGGCUUCGGUGCGUUCUCUGGGUUUGGGUCUCAGCCAGGCUCCUCCCCCUUCUCGUCCACAUCACCGUCUGAUACGAUAAAGCCGGCAUCUGGGUUCGGCGCUUUCUCCAACCUUGGCUCGCAGCAGACUUCACCUGCUACCCCGAGCGCUACAGACGCUGCGAAACCUUCACCUGCUUUUGGAUCUAGUGGAUUUGGCACGAAACCCUCCCCCGCGUUUGGUCAGUCCGGGUUUGGCCAACCUUCGACGUUCGGAAAGCCGAGCCUUGGUGGAAGUCCGGCCCCCGCUGCAACUACUACGAGCGCCUUUGGCUCCAGUGGCGGGGGAUUUGCAGCAUUUGCACAGAGCGGGACGAGUUCGUUCGGCUCUGCGUUGAAGCAAACGGGAUCACCGUCCGCUACGGGUUUCGGGGCUGCAAAGACCGAGCCUUCGUCGACAGCAAGCGCCUUUGGGAGUGGAGGAGGGACCGGUACCACCAGUUCAGUCUUUAGUAAACCCAGCCCUAGCUCUCCUUCGGUAUUUGGACAGCCGGCCCAGGAGACGUCUAGCACACCCGCGCCCGAGCCAGAGAAAAAGGCGACAGUACCGCCGGCGUUGGCUAGCCCUCCGUCAUCUCCUACGUCUCCGACCACGGAGCUCGCACCGCCGUCAACACCGACACACAGCACUGGAGCCUUCAGUCAGCUCAAAUCGAGCCCUUCAUCGUUCAUCCAGCCCGGCCACGGAUUUGGCAUGACCUCGAAGUCAGAUUCGCCCUUCCUGCAGCCCAAGAAGCCUGUCGAAGGAUUCGCAGCUUUGUCCAAACCGGCUGGUAGCUCUACUCCCUCCACACCGCAAAAGCCUGGUGCAUUGGCGUUUGGCGCGCCUUCACCUCUAGGAGCCGCGAAGCCAGUGUUCGGCCAAUCGUCCCUGGGCCCUUCCACUACGCCGGUCAGCACUCCCAAGGCCGCCCCUGCCACACCCUCAGCAUCCUUGACAAAUAACGCGUUCAGUGCUUUCAGCGGGAGUUCUGGUGGUUUUAGCGCUUUUGCUGGCGGAAACAAGUCGUUCAGCUCCUUACUUCGUGAAAGCAAAGAAGACAUUGCCUCUCCAUCCUCCAAGCCACCGGUAUCUGUCUUCGGCGCGCCUCAUAAGGCUCCGUCGAAAGAGACCAGUGCUAGUUCUAGCACUACACCCGUCUCUGCCGCUCGGACGCCACGCGCGUCCGCGGAGGGCGAUGAGUCGGACGAAGAAAAGGGCACUCCCAAGCCGUCGGAGAAGUUCUCGGAGGAAACUCUGACGAACCAGGAGCCGCUCAAGUUGUCCGAUCUAUCCAAGGAGCCAUCUCUCGGUAGCUUGUCUCUGGGUGAAUUGUCUCGAGAUUCGUCUUUCGUAGACGUUGGACGCACGUCUGAAGACGAGGAGCAGGGCCCAGGUAAGUCACCGGGAUCGGAGCAUACAGGUGACGAGGAGGAUGCUGUCUCGUUCCUCUCUGAAGAAUUUUCAGAAGAUGGUGCUCAGGAAGAAGGGGAGACGCAACCUGGUAGUGAGCCCGACGGUGAAGGAGAACAAGAAGGGGAGGAGGAAGAGGAAGAGGAGGAAACAGAAGAAGAGGAAGAGGAAGAAGAAGAAGCUGAAGAGGAAGGUGAAGAGGAAGAAGGGAAAGAUGUGGAGAAAGACGCGUCCCCUGCGCAGGACCAGCCUUCUGCUGAAGGAAGUAGCCCAGUUCUACCGGCAACACCCAAACAAGCGUCAAGAUCUCCAUCCACUACGCCGAAAGCUGAAGUGCCCAUUAUCCGACAGUCUCCCCCCAGCACUCCGCCCACUCCAGGAGACGGUCCCCGGACGACUGCUGCUCCGGGGGGGAGCACCACUCCCACAAGAUCGCCUGCCAAGGAUGUUGCGCUGACCCCGCCCUCCCAGCCUCCGUUGGCUGCACCCAUACCUGUCUCGCCUUCACCUGCGACGACCCCGCUGUCGUUGGGCCUCGGUAAGCCUUCGACGCGACCGGUCCGUAGUUCACCGCUCGCGCGGCCGCCUGUUACCACACCUGAUGACGAAACGGAGGGCGCCGCCAAGGUCGCUUCACCUGUCUUUGGUACGAAACCGACUACGCCUUCUCAGGCUCCUGCUCCUCCAGCUUCGCCGAAACCCGACACGGUGGCAGCUGAAGGUCCUGCUCCAAAAUCUAGACCGAAGACGCCACCGCUGUUGAACAUGUUUGGCGGUCCUUCCAAACCGCCUAGCGUGCUUCCCGGCUUCACGACGCCUCCGCCCUCGGCGCCUUUGACUACACCAGGAUCGUUCAAGCUUCCACCGGGUCCUCUCUUCCCACCGCCUUCUCCUACCCUAUUCAGCUCUAAGCCCGCUACUCCAGCCACCCCGGCUACUCCAGCUACACCUCCUCCCAUUAAGCCAGCAGCCGGGGGCGGUUUGUUCGGUGGUGCCAAGCCGACACCCCCGCUCUUCAACGCUCCUCCAUCACAGCCGUCUCCAUUCAAAGUUCCAGCACCAAAAGAGCCGAGCGUAGAGGCUGGGAUGCAGGCCGAGUGCAUGCACCUCUUUGCUACACUUGCUAAAGAACUAGAGGAUCUGCGCGCCUUGGCACAGCAGGUGAGCGGGAAAACGGCUGCGCUGAGCAAGUCGACCGGCGCCACGCCGGGUGGAGUGACUUUCAGCGACAUCGGGCGGUUGAAGCAGAAGGUCAAGGAUCUUGAAAAGGACCUUGCCGAACUGCGGACGAGGAAGAAGACGUACAGGCAAUCCAUUCACGAGCUGGAGAGCAAUCUGCUCAAAGGUACUACCAAGCGAGAGGAGAUUGCACGCUUCAGCCGAGCAAGCUCUGAUCCGGAGUUCGCGAAAGCAUUGAGAAUCAGGUCUCUCGGCCCGGAAUACACGGAGACUCAAAGUCAGUUACGAAGGAAUAUCAGGGCUCUGCGCGACCGUAUUGAGAAAUUGGAGGACCAUAUCAAGUCCGCCAAGAAGAGGGUGCGCGAGUACAAGACAGGCAAACCAGCCCUGAGAGCUCCUUCCCUCGACACCAUCCACAGAACAUAUCGCAACAUCGACACAGCGCUCGACCAACAAGCCAUCGAGAUCGCCUCGCUCGCGUCCAGAGUCACGAACCUGAAACUUGACAACCGCGGGCGACGUCUAAUGCUCCGCCGACUGCCCAGCGACACGCGCGGCGCGCCCAAGAAGCCGGCCAACGUCGCGCCGAACGUGGCGGUCGCGACGGCGGCGGCGCUCAACGCGGAGCGGUCCGCGCAGCGGCUGAAGCGCGCGCUGCUCGCGGUGCGCAAGGAGCCGCUGCUGAACAGGCAGGCGGUCGAGGCGCCGGCGCUCGUCGAGACGCGCAAGAAAGAAGUGCCGCUGGCGAUCACUGGUGCGGCUCCGCUCGCUCUGGGCCCGCCGAAGCCGUUCGACUUGGGCCCGCUGCCGCAGCUGGAGCUCAAGGCGGAGCCGGUGGUCCUGCCCGAGUGGUCGCUCCCGCCGCUGGACGACAGCGGCGUGGCCUCGCCGUCGCAUCGGGAGCGCCAGCGCGGGGUGGCGGGCAAGUACCACAUGAAGUCCGCGCCGCUGAAGAAGAGCCCCGCGCCGGCUGCGAGCGCGUCCCCGCCGGUGAAGUUUGACUGGGGCCCGCUGCCGGGGGUGCAGCCCAAGGCGAUGCUGUCGGCGGAUGUGAGGCCCGAGGGGGCGAAGGGGAAGGAGAGGAGCGCGAGCCCGGCGAUGGAGGGCUCGUGGGUGUUGGAUGGGUUUCAGGGUAAAUGA